UCUUAUACUGACAUCCAGUGGUACUGCAGCAAAGAACGUUGUUUACUACCAUAUUAGGCUAUGUAAUCAGGAAUAUGUAUUUAAGUGUACUUACAUUUAAGCUCGUUUUCCAUGUCAUUGGCCGGAACCCAAAUUCAAUUCAGCAAACCCACAAACAUUUCAAAAACGCACCAAACACAGCAAAAACACUAAAGAAAAGCUCUUUCCUGCCACACUCAAUAUGGCGGACUGCUGAGACCAGAUUUGAACUUUCAGUAACGAGACGUAGCGACGUUCAUGAUCUGAAGAAACCAAAACUGACUGAAUGGCAUGUAAACUUAAGUGAUGGAAGACGCAACAGAUAUGAUUUCCCGUUCAUAUUGUAAAAUUACUUGACGAUGAAUGCAUGAGCAGUGCUCGUGCUGUUAGAGGAUGUCGCGCGUUUCAGCAGAACUGAACUAUCAAACACUUCUCGAGUGUAGUUACUGCUACCCAGAUGAAGUGCUUGAAGACAUCAGAAAUUUGUCUGCAGAUUUCCCACAUCUCCAGUUAUACGUGGACUAUUAUCUCUAUCCCAACAACGAUAAGAAGAAGUUGGUUUAUUUGGGUGGCACAGUUCCUGUCGCAUAUGAAGGUGGCAAGUACAAUAUUCCAGUAUGCAUCUGGAUCCACGAGACCCAUCCGAAAAACCCACCUAGGUGUUUUGUCUGCCCUUCACCCUCCAUGGUGAUCAACACUAAAAGCAGCAAUGUGGAUGCCAAUGGUCGAGUUCUUCUCCACUGUCUCAGCAACUGGAAGAUUGGGUGGUCAAACUUGCCAAUUGUCCUGGAGGAGAUGAUUGCUGCCUUCCAGCGUGAAACUCCUCUGUUUGCCACAUAUCCAGCCCAAACGCCACAAACAAAGCACCUGCCGGCUGAACUGGUUCAACCCAAUCCUGUAUCCUCCUAUGGCAGUUCAAUACCGAAGACGUCAACAGCUCAACAUGGAGUGUUGUCCUCAUCUGUGCCUCAGCAUGUCUGCAACACCCUACCCCAGAGUACAAAGUCCCAGAUGAACCUGAAUCAAGUCAGUGAAAUGGAGAUGAGUGGCGUAAGAAGAUCAUACACGCAAGAGUUGCUGGAUUUUGGCAUUACGUUUGGGGCUCAGUCUUCAGAGACUAGCCACCAAACAAACCCAUUCAUCACGCCAGCCUCAGCUCCCACCAGCAGUACUUCUGAUGUAGAUGACAUUGACGACAUGUUCAAAAGCCUUCAUGUGCAAAGAGUUAUCAAUAUGUACCAGUUGGACACCAGGGAGCAAGAUGUUGUUCUUGCUGGAGGAGCGUGGCAGGAUUGUGUUGGUGGUGCCAGGGUUCACUCAGGUUUGGCAGAUGAGCAUCACAAGGUAGUGGUUAGUGGACUUCCUGUGGGCGUCUCUCCCAGCAAGAUGAAGAAUAAGCUCACCAUCUACUUCCAGAGGAGGCACAAUGCAGGCGGAGAGGUUCUGGACAUCAGAUACCCUGCAGCACAGCCAGACCAGGCCUGGGUGCUCUUCAGAAACCGGAGAGAUGCAGAGCAUGUUUUGAAGCAGCCUGACAGGAAGAUUGGCAUCAAUGAACAACAUUUUUCUAUUCAGCUGAAGAAGUUUAAGGACAUGGAGAUCCCAGGUGGCAUCCAAGGUGACAAGGCUGAAAUGUUUAGGAGCAUCAUGAGUCUGGAGGGAUGCAGCUUCAGCUCCACAGAUGUGCUGGAAGCAGUGCAGUCGUGCCGAGAUCUUCCAUCUGCUCUCAAAUAUCUCUGCCACGAUUGUCCUAUUUGCCAGGAGCAAGUAUCCUUCAACAGGAUGGUCACCAUGACACACUGCUCCUGUACGUUCUGUGAGAGCUGUUUUAAGAAGUACUUUUCCUCUGUCAUUAAGGAGAAGAAUAUAGUUCAUGCUGUGUGUCCUCUCUGUAAUCUUCCUGAUGUACGAGGAGGCCGCAGGGAGGACACCAUGGAGUACUUCAGUCUACUGGACACACAGAUCAGGUAUUAUUUGGACUCCCAGAUUCAUGAGCUUUUUCAGAGGAAACUUCGAGACAGAGCACUGCAGGAAAUGCCCAACUUCCGCUGGUGUGCACAUUGCUGCUUUGGGCUCCUUCAUGAAGCAGACAGGCUGAGAAUGGACUGCCCCAGUUGUGGGAAAAGCACAUGCUUUAAGUGUAAAAGGCCGUGGGCUCCACAGCAUGAAGGAAUCUCAUGUGAGAAGUUUAAAGAGUGGGAGCAACUCAACAGCCCCGAGUACCAAAACUCCAGGCUAGAGCAGCUCCUCAGCAGGAACAAAAUAGACUGCCCAAAAUGCAAAUUCCGCUUCUUCCUGGCCAGAGGAGGCUGUUUGCAUUUCAGAUGCACUCAGUGCCAGCAUGAAUUCUGUGGUGGCUGCAGUCAGCCGUUUAAACAAGGCUCUACCUGUAAUUUUUCCAUCGAGUGCGCAGCUAAAGGGUUACAUGCGCACCAUCCUCGAAACUGCCUAUAUCAUCUGAGAGACUGGAGCGUCCCGCGACUACGUACCUUGCUGCAGCGCUAUGGAGUAUCACAUCCGCUCAUGUUUAGCCCCAAACAUCCAAUGGGGAGACACUCUAAAGGCAUCUGUGGUGUAAUGGAAUUCCAGGAAACAGGAGCUGUGAAAGAAGAGGCAUGUGGACGACAAGCUUUCCCAGAGUACAGCGGUUACUGCACGUUGCAUUAUAAAGAGGUUCUGGUGGAGCUGAUAAACAGCAAUGGACUGGACCCUGUGGUACUGUUAGAUGGGGCAGAACUGAGGGCAGAAAUGGACCGCUGGAAAGUGCCACUUCCAGAAAGACAUCCUUUGGAGCCGGAUCAGCGGUACGAUGACAGACUUCGACAGAUCUUAAAGGAGCGGGUGGUUCUGGGCAGUGGUGCAGCUCCUGGAUUGAAAGCAGCUGCUCCACCCACUCCAUCUCCCUCUUCUCCUCCAGAGGCCGGGGCUCCAUGGUACUCCAUCCUGAACCGGGCAGUUUCUGAGGACUCACAACAACUCCUGCUGCUGACCGACUGAAGAGCUUAGAGAGACUGGGACUUCAUAUGCAUUUCUGAUCUCACUGUUAACAGUGAUAAGGUUACAAAGCUCUGGAUCAAACUAGGCUGAUUUUCAACACAUUAUGGGGUCUUUCCCUCACUCUAAUCUAAAGGAACAGUCCCCUUUUUUUUAAAUGAGCUCAUUUUUAUAAAUAUCCAUAUACAGUGCAUGCAAAAAGCAUUCAUAGCGCUUCACUUUUUCCACAUUUUACCUUACAGCUUUAUUCCAAAAUGGAUUAAUAAUGACAAAGUGAAAAAAGAGUUUUUGAAAUUGUUGCAAAUUUAUAAAAAAUAAAAAAGCUGAAAAAUCA